UUAAAAAAAUUAAAUUUAUUGUAUCCAGUGAACUUAUAAUGGCAACUUUAUCGCUUGGGCCAAAAAUAAAAGGACUUUAAAAAAAAAGAUAUCAUUAAUCUUAUGCACUCCGGUGACAUCAGUAACAUUAAAAUCACCUCGCUAAAAAAUUCUUAAUGAAUUAGUGACCACAUUAGUUUGUAAAUUUUUAAAACUAGCUACAUAAAAAUAUUGUACAACUUAGUUUAAGUGAUUUAGUAUUCAAACAGCACAUUAAAGUACACGGACUGCUAACAAAUAGUUAAACCUUAUUUUUGUAAUACUGCUAUCGGUUUCUUUUUAUAGAUGUGGUAUUUAGAUUAAAAGUGUCAUAAAGAGUAUUUCAAAUUUUAAUUAUUGUGGAUUCUAUUUCAUAAUAUCGGCCAAUAAGGAACGUUUUGUUUUGUUUACGACGCAACAUAGAAAUUUAUUUAUUAUUACUUAAAAAUAAAUAUUUCCACUGUUAGGAUUUAACUCCUCCCCAUUUUCCUCCUCGUCCUCUAAACUUUUUUUUUUCUCCUCUCUCUCCCCGCUUUUCUUGAUGGCGGACAAGAAUUAGAUCGCCUGCGUGAUGCUGAAGAUAUACUUGCGUCAAAGAUGGCAAGUUUAUUUUGGGUGCUAGAAUCUACCCACUUCUAAUAUAGCUUUCAGCAAUGGAGUUUGGCUGGCUCAAGCCACUGUUGAGGCAAGUUGCCAAGCUAAGCAAAAAUACUCAGUUCAGUGGAGGUUGACUCCUAUACCUCUGGAUGUUCGCAAUUCUUUCUGAGGAUCUAAAUUUACACAAUGUUUCAUCUAAAAUUCUAGUUAUCUUAUUCUAAAUUGCUUUAUUGGAAAUUCUUAAAAUGUCCUUGAUUGGUUCUUUAUUUAAUGAAAAUUAAUGUCUGAUAAGCUUUUAAGUUAUUUUUCUGGCUAAAUUAUUUCUGUAGUUCGAAUGAAAAGUUUGAAACUAUGUGUUUUUACGGUGAUAUAAUACAAUGGGGACAAAGAAACCUACUUUACUAGAAAGUUUGUCUGACAAAUGCAGUAUGCAUUCCUGCACAAGUUUCCUCCGUGGAUUUUCAUCUAGACUCAGAGUUGAAGAUAGUGAUACAAGCUAUUUGAAUGCUUCAGUUAACCAAAUGGGUGAUGAGAAUUCAUGUGAUAGACCAUCUUCAGACAAACUUUCCCCAGCACAAGCUGACGAGUCAGGCUCACGUCAACCAAGUGUGGAAGAUGAUGAGGAUGGACAUCUAGUAUAUAGGACCGGGGACAUACUUCAGGAACGAUAUAAAAUUAUUGCAACACUUGGAGAAGGAACAUUUGGGAAAGUUGUUAAAGUUGUUGAUCUGAACAGUGAAGAUGGUGAUAAAAAAGCUGCUGUUAAAAUUAUAAAAAAUGUUGAAAAAUAUAGGGAGGCUGCUAAACUGGAAAUAAAUGUUUUGGUUAAGUUAGCUGAUAUUGACCCAGAGUGCAAACAUUUAUGUGUGAAGAUGUUGGACUGGUUUGAUUAUCAUGGUCACGUUUGUAUUGUAUUUGAAUUGCUAGGGAAGAGUGUCUUUGACUUUCUGUUGUUUUUGCAGAAACACAACAAUUAUGCUCCAUACCCAUUAGAACAAGUGAGACACAUGAGUUACCAGCUCUGCUAUUCUGUAAAAUUUUUGCAUGAUCACAAAUUAACUCAUACUGAUUUAAAGCCUGAAAACAUCUUAUUUGAAAACUCUGAAUUUGAAUUGGUUAUGAACCCAAAAAAGAAGAGAAGUGUCAGAAAAGUAUUGGAUACUAAUAUUCGUCUCAUUGAUUUUGGAUCUGCCACCUUUGAUCAUGAACAUCAUAGUACUAUUGUGUCCACUCGUCACUAUCGAGCUCCUGAAGUUAUAUUAGAAUUGGGUUGGUCUCAACCUUGUGAUGUCUGGAGUAUUGGUUGUAUUCUGUUCGAAUUACUAAUGGGAAUAACACUUUUCCAGACUCAUGAUAAUCGGGAACAUCUUGCAAUGAUGGAGAGAAUUUUGGGUCCUCUACCAUAUAGAAUGUGUCGCAAAACUAAAACUAAGUAUUUCUAUCAUGGCAGAUUAGAUUGGGAUCAUAAGAGCUCCGCAGGUCGUUAUGUUAGAGAAAACUGCAAAUCUUUGAAGAGAUAUAUACACGUUGAUGAUGAAGAGCAUAGACUACUUUAUGAGUUAGUUUCUAGAAUGUUAGAAUAUGAGCCUUCCCAGCGAAUCACUCUCGAAGAAGCGUUAGCUCAUCCCUUUUAUGAUAAACUUGAGCCUGAACAGAAAUUGCACAAGCUUGAAAAGAGUUCGGAAAAUCAAGAAAGAUCUCACAGUCUCAGCAGGUGACUAGCUGAUGAAUAAAUAGGGAGAGUGAAUAAAUUAAAAUUAUGCCAAAUACUGAAAUACACAUUAUUUGACUUAUACAGUAUUUUUAGAUUGUUGCAGCUCUCGGCAACUAAGAUUUUGAUUAUCUCAGUUUUAUCUAUGUAUUCUGGAUAAUUUUAUAAUCAUUUUAAAAAGAAAGCACAUAGCCAACAGAAUAAUAGUUUAUUUAUUCUAGAUUAUAUAUUAUAAAAUCGAACUAAUAUUUUCAAAAUAUUGAAUGGUUAUCGACCAAAAAAACCUUAAUGAAAAUAAGUCUCUUUUUUUUUUACCUUGUUGUCUGUCUUGAUUAUGUUGACUAAUUUGCCUUUUGCUAGUUAUCUUUGACAUUCCGUCUAAAAAAUUUGUUACCUUAACUGGAGGUUGUAUAUAUGUUUAAAUGUAAAAAUGUGUAAAUAGAUGUAUGUAUAUAGUAUUUCGUCAGUUAUUGCUCAUUGUGUAAUAUUCUUUUCAUUAAGAAAUGAAAAACACAUUUCACUUAUGUUUUGUGCCUAAAAUAAUAAUAAAAUGCUACAAUCAUUAACAUAUUUAUUCUAAUUUUAAAAAUUUUAUAUUUUCUACAGGAAUCUGUAUGAAUUCAUUAAAUAGUUUGAAUUAAAA